UCUAAAUCACGUUAGAACGAAAUUUGCACUGUCACGUGACGAUCGGUUUUCCCGCCGUUUUAAGAAACUUUUGGAGCGAAGCCGUCUUUGUUUCUGCUGAAAAUAUUCCCGUACGACGAUGCCGCCGAAAGAUUACGCUGUCGAAAAAGAGAAAAUCAAGAAUUUUCUUCGAGAUUUUGUAAGCGCUGAUGAUAAGAAUGGAAAACGUUUCACUUAUGCUGAGCAACUGAAACUUCUUGCACACCGGGAACAAGUCUCCUUGGUGAUAGAUGUUGAUGAUGUCGCAGAAUCCGACCCUGAUUUGGCAGAUGGCAUUGUGGAUAACACCCGCAGGUAUAUAGCUCUCUUUGGAGAUGCUGUCCAUGAACUUCUUCCUGAGUACAAAGAACGAGAGGUUGUAUCCAAAGAUGUCCUCGAUAUUUACAUUGAGCACCGAUUGCUGAUGGAACAGAGGAAUCAACGAGCUGAUGGUGGACCAAGUGCCACACGUGACCCUCGCAACAAAUAUCCACCAGAGUUGAUUAGAAGAUUUGAAGUGUACUUCAGAGCACCAUCACACCAGAAACAACUUUCUGUGAGAGAAAUCAAAGCUGACUGCGUUGGCAAAUUGGUGUGCGCGAAAGGUAUUGUGACUCGAGCGACCGAAGUGAAACCCAUGAUGGCCGUGGCAACAUACACAUGCGACACUUGUGGCACAGAAACUUAUCAACCAAUCUCUUCCCCUACUUUUAUGCCGUUGUUGAUGUGCCCCAGUCAGGAUUGCACAACAAAUAGGUCCGGAGGACGUCUUUAUUUACAGAGCCGAGGUUCGAAAUUCAUCAAGUUCCAGGAUCUUAAAAUCCAAGAACAUAGCGACCAAGUACCUGUUGGCAACAUUCCACGCAGCAUGACGGUUGUCUGUAAAGGGGAGAUAACUCGUCUCGUGCAACCUGGUGACCAUGUCAGCAUCACUGGUGUAUUUCUUCCUAUGAUGAAAACUGGCUACGGUCAAAUCAGUGCUGGUCUACUCUCUGAUACAUUCCUUGAAGCCAAUAGGAUUGUUAAAAUGAAUAAGACUGAUGAUGAUGAGAUGGAUGCCCAGCAAUUGACAGAAGAUGAAUUGAAAACAGUCGCUGAGGACGACUUCUAUGACAAACUGGCCAGCAGUAUUGCCCCAGAGAUCUAUGGUCACGAUGAUGUGAAGAAAGCUCUGCUGCUUCUGUUGGUUGGUGGUGUAGAUAAGUCCCCGCAAGGGAUGAAAAUUAGGGGUAAUAUCAAUAUUUGUCUGAUGGGAGACCCUGGUGUUGCUAAGAGUCAGCUUCUUUCCUACAUUGACAGAUUGGCCCCAAGGAGUCAGUAUACAACUGGUCGUGGUUCCUCUGGUGUUGGUCUUACGGCUGCUGUGAUGAAGGACUCUGUGACUGGAGAGAUGACAUUGGAAGGCGGCGCUCUUGUCCUUGCUGACCAAGGAAUUUGUUGUAUUGAUGAGUUUGACAAAAUGAUGGAUGCAGACAGAACUGCCAUUCAUGAAGUUAUGGAACAACAGACAAUUUCCAUUGCCAAAGCUGGAAUAAUGACGAGCUUGAACGCUCGUGUUUCCAUCCUUGCAGCCGCCAAUCCUGCAUAUGGAAGAUAUAACCCAAAGAAAUCAUUAGAACAGAAUAUUCAGCUUCCUGCUGCUCUUUUAUCAAGGUUUGAUCUUUUGUGGUUGAUACAAGACAAACCUGAUCGGGAAAAUGAUUUACGGUUGGCCCAACACAUAACAUACGUUCACCAACAUAACACCCAACCUCCAGCACAGUUCACUCCACUCGACAUGAAAUUAAUGAGGCGUUAUAUUUCCUUAUGCCAAUCAAAACAACCAGUUAUUCCUGAAAAUCUUUCUGAUUAUAUUACUGGAGCUUAUGUUGAAAUGCGCAAAGAAUCUCGUAACAGUAAAGACACAACUUUCACCUCUGCUAGGACACUGCUUGCUAUCCUCCGACUUUCCACGGCUUUGGCUCGCCUUCGACUUGCAGAUGUUGUUGAAAAGGAAGAUGUGAAUGAAGCUAUGAGACUGAUGGAAAUGUCCAAAGACUCUCUCAAUCCACAAUACGAUAUGUACACCAGGAGUACCAAUGUGACUGACCAGAUAUUCUCCAUCAUCAAAGACAUGGCUGCUUCGACACAUGGAAGUAAAUCCCUGAAGGUUGCUGAUGUGAUGGAAUUGUGUAUGGCAAAGGGCCACAAGCCUGACACCGUUGAUGCUUGCAUUGAAGAAUAUGAAGAACUCAAUGUCUGGCACAUUAAUGCAGCUCGCAACAGAAUCACAUUUGUUUAAAUUUUUUUCCUUCUUUUUCUUCACUCUUGUUUUACUUUUUGAUUUUUUUUUUGUAUAAAAAUAUUAUAUAUUCAGAA